UAGGGGAAAAAAGAUGUAAAACAACAUUAUUUAUUUUUAAAUCUGGGGUAUUUUUCUAAAGUAAUUGGUAACACACCUAUAGAAUGAACUAUAUCUUUCUGCCAAAGACAUCGAUAAUCUGUUAAUUUCAUUCGUUCUAUCAUUGGCGGGAAUGAAUAUUUUGACAGAACAGUAAAAUAAAGAUAUUUACAAACAAAAAUUAAUGAAAUAAAUAAAUGUUAUAAGAUUAUAGCCGAAAAUGAAGAAUGUGUCGUCUUUGAAAUCAAAUAAUACAAAUUCUCCGAAGACUCCGGGUGGCAUUAGUAAAUCGUUGCUAACUCCAUGUCGAAGAGUUGGUCUAUCUCGAAACUGGAGAAAAAGUGGUCCUUCGCCUUUUAUUUCGCCUGUGACUAGCAGCGUAGAGGCACAGGAAGAAAAAUCUGAAGGCAGAAAGCGAAAAGAGCGGGUUUUGGAAGAUAGCAACGAGAAUUUGUCGAUUACCCCUAAUGUUGCAAGGAAAGAAACAAAUGAUGACCAACUAUGUGAUACUGAAAACACGCCAUCUAGAAACGUCGAGGUACCGCGAAGAAAGAAAUCUAAAACGCUAUUAACAGCUAUAAAUAAGUCACAGGAAGAUAUUGAUAACAUUUCAGAGGUUACUAUUACUAAUAGCAAAAUAGAAAACAAUAUUGAAAUCUCAAAAGUAAAAGAAGACCUAAUCACUGAGGUAGUUUCAACGCCUGUGCGAACUAAAUCUAAAAAAAGUAAGAAGCAAUCUCCUUCAUCUAAACGUAACUCUAAAGAGGAAAAAGUAAAAUUAAAACAAAAACUUCCUGAUAAUUCAUUACAAGCUACUGAUAUUUUACAUGGUAAACCUGUAGAAAUAGAAGAACCUAUUUACAAAAUUAAAGAAAAAAGCCCAAAUGAUCUAAGAAAAGAAUGUAUUGUUGUUAUUCAAAGAAAGAUAUUUAAGAAAAUUGAGUACAAUGAAAAUGAUGAGCAAAACUCGAAAUCUAGUAAAAAUAAAAGUGAGAAAUCAUCCUCACAGGCAUUGUUUGACUCUGAUUCGGAUGAUUUGCCUUUAAACCAGAUCAGUAACAAAGAUAUGGAGAAAUCUGAUACUGGAUACAAACAGAAUGAAAAUAUAAAUAAAACUAAAAUAAAUAAGGAGGAUGAGGAUGAUGACUUCAUAGACAAAGAGAAACCAAAGAAAGUGAUAGUAGUACCAAAAGCAAAAUCUCCUAAAAUCCAAAAAACAAAAAGUUCCAAGACUAAAGUAGAAAAGGCUAAAGAAAAACCUAAGCCAUUAUCACAGAGCUCAUGUGAUGAAGAUGAUGAUUUUGAUAACAAGAAGACAAUUAUAGUCCGCAAAACUUAUGAUAAAGUUGUCAAACCAUCAAAAGCUAAAUCAACGGGGUCCAUUACACAAAAUGAUAUAGAUGAACUUCGAGCUAGGAUUGAAGCUAAAAAGAAACUCCUUUUAGCUAAGUCCAUAAAUCCAGAUACUGAAGAAUUAAGGACAUUAAUAAAAAAAUGGCAAAAGGGUUGCCAGGAUGCUUUAAUAGAACUUCUAGAUCUUAUGAAAACCAAGUUUCAUGAUAAACAGGAUAUGGACUAUUCAGAAAUGUUGAAGACAUUAAAAAUACCCCCUUUAUUAGUUGGUUAUGAUUCAAAAAAUGAUUGUUUUAAUACUCCCGAUGAUGCUUCUAUCAUAUUAGGGCAGUUCAAUGAUUAGAGAACUACUUUAUUUAAGUUUGCAUUAUUUAUUAGUUAAUAAAAUUAAUUAUUUAAAUGGA